AUGGCGUUGACUUUAUCGUCUAAACAGACUCCUUUCCCCUACGCUGCAGCCGCUGUUGCCCUUUGGUCUGGCAAGGCUGAGCUCGUCUUUGAUGAAAAUGUGACACUUGAAUACAACGGCCUCUCUGAUGAGGAGCAGAUCGUACAUUCGCUUGUGCAAGUAGAAGAUAGUUCGAAGUCUCCUGCGUUCUUCGCGCUUGCAAAAAAUAUUUCCACGCUUACAGUUGUUCCCCAAAUUGUUACUGCACUCGAUACUCUCGACGACCAUUUCACGUACCGGACAUUCCUUACUGGUCACAGCCUUUCCUCGGCGGAUUGGAUGCUCUGGGGCGCGUUCAGAGGAAAUUCACGAAUCACUGGAAUCCUCAGGAACAACAACCAUCCUCAUCUUCAACGAUGGUUCUCCCACAUCGACUCCCUCGAGACAUCACAAAACGUCCAAACCAGUCUAGCAGCGGCAAAGGCCCAUAAGGCGCGUACAACAAAAACCGCAGCCUCCUUCGCGUUGGGUCUGGCCAAUGCUGAAGACGGCAAAGUCGUGACGCGUUUUCCGCCCGAGCCCAGCGGCUACCUCCACAUCGGCCACGCAAAAGCAGCUAUGCUCAACCAAUAUUUUGCGAAAAUGUAUAACGGCAAACUCAUCAUCCGUUUCGACGACACCAACCCGAGCAAAGAGCGUACCGAGUUUGAAGAGACCAUUCUCGAAGACUUACAGCUCUUGGAUGUCCACGGUGAUGUUGUCACGCAUACAUCCGACCACUUCCAGAAACUCUACGACUAUGCUAUCCAAAUGAUCAAGUCUGGCCACGCCUAUGCGGACGACACUCUUCAGUUACAAAUGCGCGACGAGCGGAUGAACGGCAUCCCGUCCUCCCAUCGAAAUGACUCGGUUGAAUCGAACUUGGAGCGUUUUGGCUGGAUGUCGGAGGGUUCAACUGAAGGCCUGCGAUGGUGUCUCCGCGCCAAAGUCAGCUUCGACAACCCAAACAAAGCAAUGCGAGACCCUGUCAUCUACCGAUGCAAUGUCCUCCCGCAUCAUCGCACCGGAGACAAAUGGAAAGUCUAUCCCACAUACGACUUUGCCUGCCCUAUUGUUGACUCGGUUGAGGGCGUUACUCACGCGCUGAGGACAAACGAGUACCGGGACCGAAAUCCACAAUACGAGUGGAUGAUCGAUGCCCUGGGGCUCCGCAAAGUGCAUAUCUGGGACUUCAGCCGACUGAACUUUAUCUACACACUGCUGUCGAAACGCAAGCUACACUGGUUCGUUGAUCAAGGUCUUGUUCGAGGCUGGGAUGACCCGCGGUUUGCCACUGUACGGGGCAUUCGGAGACGUGGGUUGACUGUCGAAGCCUUGCGACAGUUUAUGCUUGCUCAAGGUCCUUCGCAAUCUUAUGUCUCGCUCGAAUGGGACCAAAUUUGGGCCAUGAACAAGAAAAUUAUUGACCCCAUCGCGCCAAGACAUUGGGCCAUCACCACCGAUAAAAUGGUCCCAGUAACGUUAACCAAUGGCCCAUCGACAGCAGAGGUCAAAACUCUCCCGAAACACAAGAAGAAUGCCGAGAUAGGCGAGAAGAAGACCGUUUUCACAUCGACGAUCUUACUGGAGCAGGAGGACGCGUUGUCAUUCGACGACCAGGAGGAGAUAACCCUCAUGGACUGGGGUAACGCUAUUGUGCGCUCAAGGACCCAGGACAGUGACGGGAACAUUACUUCGAUUAGCAUGGAGCUGCACCUUGAGGGCGAUUUCCGCAAGACAAAGAAGAAAAUCACUUGGCUUGCACAGUCCUCAUCGACCCACACGCUCGCUCCGAUUGUUCUCCUCGACUACGACUACCUCAUUACCAAGAAGAAGCUCGAGGAAAACGAUGACGUCGCUGACUUUGUUACCCCCGAAACGGAAUUCCGCAUUGAUGCCGUUGCGGAUGCGAAUGUGGCGGAUUUGAAGAAGGGCGAUAUCCUCCAGUUCGAACGCAAGGGUUAUUACAUCUACGACGGAGAGGUAGACGGGAAGAAGGAGUUCAUUUGCAUUCCAGAUGGACGAGCUGCCAGUCUCGCGAGCAAAGCCGGGACUACAGUUGUCACCGAGCCGCUUCCAGCUGAGCCUGUAGCUGUGGAGGCGCCGGUACCGGUGACCACCAUGUACCACAUGGACCAGAUAUAUGCUGGAAACGUUGAGACGGGGAAUGUGACCAAGAUGUACAAAGUUGACAAUGUUUAUCUGUAG